AUGAGUUUUUAUCGUCACAAUAUUGUUACGUGCUAUAUCCGUCUGACGCGUUCCAUAAUACUUUUUAGAUCGAAACAUAACACGGAUUAUCUUCAUGAAACUACGGGAAAUCAGAAUCUUCUCGGUCUAUCACAUGAGGUGUUACGUCGCCGUGCAAGCAACCUCAUCCGUGAGCUUUGGUACACUUUCAACACCCAACUGAGCUCGCUGGGGAAUGAGUUACUUUCUUCAGAUAUCGACGCCUCGCGUCGUGUUUCGGACCGUUUGUUCUCAUUACGGAACCGGUUAAAUGAAAUGAGCAUGUAUUUGGAAAUUGAUAUUGAAGGUAUUGGACGAGUUGAUGCCCUUGAGAAUCAACGAAUCACUGAACUCGAUCAUGCCAGCCAGGUCGUUCAACAGCGCAUCCAAAAAAUUCAGAAUCCUUCCGAUUGUUCCAAGGCACGCGUCCUCUUGGUCAGUUUAAACCGCCCCUGUGCCUUUGGAUGCAACGUGCACCAUCUCGCAUAUUGUCUCCAAUUGGCAUACUUCACCGGUCGAACUUUGUUGUUUGAAUCCACGCGCACCUCUUACGAUUCAUGGUGGAUUACCAAUUUCCUACCGAUAACAAAAACAUGUAAUGAUUUUGUCAUCGAUUCGAAUCCUAACGCAGAGACACUCACCGCGUCAAACGCAGUAACCGGACCGCGUGUUGUGCUGUGUCCGUAUAUCGGCGCGCUUAGUGGCCCCCUACCGUGGCUUCCUCCCGCAGUCCCGGCAGAUAUAUCCACCAAUCUGUCCCGAUUGCAUGGUGCGCCUUUUGUUUGGUUCAUCGGCCAACUUGUAUCCUACUUGAUGCGACCGGCUCCUGCUUUCGAGCAACUGUUGAACGCCACUUUAGUUAGCUACGGCUUGUCUAAUUCCAUCCACUCACCAGUAGUCGGGCUCCACAUCCGUCGCACGGACAAGAUCAACACUGAGGCCGCAUUUCACGAUGUAUCUGAGUAUGUUUAUCACGCAGAUCGCCGUUUCGACAUCUGGGAUGCGCAACAUCAUCUAAUGUCUAGGUCCCAAGAUUGGAUGGCUGAUCUUCGCGCCAAAGUACUUCACCUGCCACCUUUAGAACGUCGCGUGUUUGUCGCGACCGAUGAGCCUUCGGUAUUCCGGGACAUGCGUAAAAAGUUCCCCACAUACAUCAUCCUUGGUGAUCCUAAUCGUGCCUCAUCGGCCGGUGUGCACAACCGGUUAAGUGACGAUGCAAUCACUGGCAUCGCACUGGAUAUCAUGUUGUUGUCAAAAACUGAUUAUCUCGUCUGUACGUUUUCCUCCCAAGUUUGCCGUUUAGCCUACGAACUUAUGCAAUCACGCCAUGCAGAUCUGGGUGACGCCAGCGCCUUGGUACAAUCUCUGGACGAUUCGUACUAUUUCGGCGGGCAACAGAGCAAUCCUCAGGAAGCCAUCAUACCAGACCCAUCUUCUGGCUUGAGACGCGGCGAUCUGGUUCAUGUGCUUGGCAACCAUUGGAACGGUGAAGCCAAGAUCAAACACACUCAGAAUGCUAUAGAAGCUUUGGUUCCCGCAUUCAAGCUUCGCCCCCGAAUCUUAGCAGUUCCAGUCAGCGAAAAUGACGUUUGAGCUCCACUGCUUGUCUCAAGGUUUUAUUUGCUGAAAAUAUCGAUCCAGGAUCUCAUGAUAUUGACUUUACACUGAACCGUACGAGUUUUUUGUGCGUACCUUCGACUCAUGCUACGUAUUUUUGAGUCCACUCAUCUAAUGUACAUCCUUCGAAGUAGAGGUAUCCGACGAACUUUACACCUCGCUGAGCCUGUGAUCAAAUUUUCUCUUUCAUGGCAUGUCUAAACCACUGUUUUCGCUGUUAACGUUUUUUUUUCACUCGCACGCGUGUUUUUCCAGCAACCGUCAACUUUUCACCUGCCUGCCAACGCAAUUCAAGCCUACUCCCACUUUAAACAGAUACAGAUGGAUCACCAAGAUAUAUUUGUGAAUGAAGUCACAGCUUCAUGUGGAAAGUAUUGUGUUUUAAAAAUAUAACUUUAGAUAAUCUAGCUUCCGCUGAUAGCGCUUGCAUUCGAUGGCUGUUGGCAGCUGUAAUUGUGGUGC